AUGCUGAGGGGAACCGUUUUACGUUACGGUGUCCAUUGUGCUAACGCUACUGCUCUUGUCAUUAUUAGCACCGUUAUCAACUGGUCACAUCUUCCUCACUCUUCUGCGGUCGCCUCCUUUACUUAUUCUUGUUUGUUUUUUUCGUGUGUGUGCGUGUGCAAAUUCUUCCCCGCAUGUGACCCAUCCAUUCCACGUCCGGCAAGAAGUACGCGACGGAUAUGUCUCCUGCCAACUCGUUUGAACUCGAAUUUGGAGCUUGAAAUCCCCGCUUUCCUCGUCCGAAAUGACAUGCACUACGUGUGGACUAUGCGUUUUCCCUCCCCCUGUGUGUGGGGGAUCAACGCGGUGAUGUACAGAACCAAUACGAGAGACGCGACAAGGAACAUAUACACGUAUAAAUAUAUAUAUAUUAAUUUAUAUUAUUUACAUUAA